GAGUGAACGCCGCGUCCCGCUCGUUAGGUGGCGGACUCGGCCCGCUGUAGGGGAUUAUCCGCUCCGGCUGAGCAUAGAGGAAGAGCAGCAGCAGCUCGGAGCUGGAAAGGAGGGAGAUUCAGAUUCAGAGCUGAGCUUCAGACUUCAGGAAAGGAAGCCUAAAAGAUUUGCCAAAAUGAGUGACCUAGAGGAUGACACCACUAUCUUUUCCACUCUAAAAUCUUUUAAGAGUUUAAUUGCCCGUCCAGAACGUUCUCUGCAUGAGGUUGAACCUGCUUAUGGGAGGAGUGACCUUCAGAAGCUCUAUACCCAGAGGGUGGAAAUGGAAGAAGCAGCUGAACGAAUCCGUUCCCAUACCAGCCUGCUUCAGCUCACUCAGGAGAAACAGCAGAUGGAGCUCAGCCACAAGAGAGCUCGUAUAGAGCUGGAGAAAGAGGCCCACAGCAGCUCCAGGGACUUGCAGAGGCAAAUGGACCUGAACCAGGACUUGCUGACUAAGCUCAGACGGCUGCAGGAAAAAGAAGGAAAAGCCAACCAAGCUCUGAAUGACGAGAUGGAAAACAAAAAGGCCCUAAAGCGGAGCCUUGAGGAAUUUCACAAGCAGGCCAAUGAUAAGGAUAACAGACAUGCUGAGGCCAACCAGAUGGUGAGUGAACUCAAAGAUGAGGUGAGAACACUGAACCAGAAGCUUCAGAUUCAGGAGUCAAAGUUCUCCACUCAGAACCUGGAAAACCAGGCCCUUCAGGAACAGCUGGAGAUGCAGCGCAAGAAAUACCAGGAGGUCAAUCAGAGGUACCAGACUCUACAGUCUUCUCAGCUGUCCAACACAGAGAGUGAACUCAAGAUUAAGGAGCUGAAGAGGCGGCUGGCGCUCCAGGAACAGGACUCUAUAAUUGUGAAGAAUAUGAAGACUGAGGUGGCCAGGCUGCCAGAGCUGGAGAGAGAAGUUAAACGCCUGCAGGAGGAAAAUCUGUAUCUCAGGGAGACUAAAGAGAACUGCAGUCUACUGAAAGAAGAGACAGAGGGGUUGAGGAAGAAGCUGGAGAGAAUGGAGAAAGUGGUGGAGGAGAAGUUAAAACUGGAGUUGGAGAAAGAGAAACUGGGGCAGGAGCUGCAGGCUUGGGAGAAUAUUGGCCAGACCACUGGAUUGAACAUUAGGAAGCCAGAGGACUUGUCCAGAGAGGUGAUACAGAUUCAGCAGAGGGAGCUUAAUCUAAAACAGCAGAACUACACGCUCACAAGCAAUAUUCGCUCUUUAGAGAAGACCCGUACUCAGCUGCAGUCUGAAGCAGCUGAACUUCGCUCUAAAGCUCAGGAGGAACAGAAGAAGCGUGAAAACCAGGAUGCACUCGUCCGCCGCCUACAGAAGAGAGUCCUCCUCCUCACGAAGGAGCGGGACGGUAUGAGGGCCAUACUGGAGUCGUAUGAUAGUGAGUUGGCUGCCAGCGAGUACUCGCCCCAGCUCACUCGCAGAGUUAAAGAAGCUGAGGAGAUGCUGCAGAAAAUCCAGACUCACAACACUGAGAUGGAGGCUCAGCUUUUUAAAGCCCAGGAGGAAGCUGGAACAUUCAAACUGCAGGCUCAGGCAGUUACACUGGAACUUGAAGCUGUGAAGGAACAGCUGUCAUCAGUGUCUGAAAACAGUUCUAAAGCAACAGACGAGGAGCUGAACUCCCUAAGGCAGAAGAUAGAGGAGCUGGAGACGGAGCGCCAGAGGCUGGAAGAGCAAAACAAUAUUCUGGAGAUGAGACUGGAAAGGCACAACCUUCAGGGAGAUUACAACCCAGUGAAAACAAAGGUGGUGCACUUCCGGAUGAACCCCACCUGUGUUGCUAAGCAGCAGCGUGCUGAAGAUGUGGAGCAGUUGAGGGUGGAGUGCGAGCGCCUGAGGGACCGCCUGAGGAAGAUGGAGGCAGGAGGCGCUGUUACUACUGAUGACACUACGCUCGUCAUACCGCCUUCACAGGAAAUACUAGACCUGCGUAAGCAGAUGGAGAGUGCCGAGCUAAAGAACCAACGCUUAAAGGAGGUUUUCCAGAAGAAGAUCCAGGAGUUCCGCACAGUCUGCUAUGUUCUAACUGGGUACCAGAUCGACAUUACGGUGGAGAACCAGUACCGCCUCACUUCUGUCUAUGCUGAACGCAUGGAGGAUUCACUGCUUUUCAAGGCCAGUGGUGCGGUGGGCAGUGGAAGUAUGCAGCUGCUGGAGACGGAUUUCUCCCGCACGCUCUCAGAGCUGGUGGAUCUGCACCUCUUCCAUCAGAAGAGCAUCCCGGUCUUCCUCAGCGCCGUCACGCUCGACCUGUUCAGCCGGCAAACUGUUGUCUGACCUUCUCCUGACCCUGAGAUCUCCACCGAGACCGACAUGCGCUCGUACAUCACCACAUCAAAAAACACCACGUGCACUGUCCAUGCCUGUACAUGUUCAGUGAGUGAAAACACACACGUACUGAAUACUAAACCUGCAGCAUCACAAAACAUCUGCAUAUCUUCUGUACACAGACACGCACAGAAAAUAUCCUUUUCUCCAGUGUUACUCAGUGUAUCUGUCUUUCAUCAGAUAUAACUGGAUGGUUUGGUAUUAAUAAAAGGAUGAGUAAUAUUGCAUAAAUAUGCUGAUGUCCAUUUCCAUUUUUAAUGUUAUUUGCCUAAUAGGAUAUAUUUCCUUAUUUUUUCUUCUUUAUUUUUUCUCUUAAAUAAAAUGGCAUGAGAUCAUUUUAAAGUGAUGCUCAAACACAUUUUAAGCUCUUAGGUUAAAUCGGCUCCAGCAUACUUUUUAUGUUUUCAUGGUUUUUUACAUGAUUUUGUUUGUUUUUGUUCUCUUGUAUCAUUAAAUUGAGUGACUUAAUAAAUAAAGUGAAUUCUGAAAUUGACAUUGAUGAAUAAAAGAUUGUAAUAAAAAUAAUCUUUGUGUUGUAUAA